AUGACAGCAAACAUUUGGAAAGAAUUAGGUUCAUUUUCAACCAUAUUAGGAUAUAUUCCUUAUAAUAUUUUGUUAGCAUCCGAGAAUGUUCAAAAUGAAAAAGAUCUUAGCUCUCAAAAUAGAAGGGAGAAGUUUGGGAUAAGGAAUUUACUACCUACUUUUGGUCAUGUUAGAGAUUACUUCAACGUAAAUAAAAAUAAAAACGGCAACAAAGAUCAAUCAGUCUCAAAUACUCAAAAAGCAAGCUCUGAGAUGAGUAAUUCGAAACUUACUAGAAAUGAUUUAGAACAAAGGCUAGCUAACAAAAUCCAGGAGUUGAGGCAAAACAAUGUUAAUAGUAAAAGAAAUAAACAAAACUCCAAAAAAACUACUGUUAAAACUUCUCAGAAAGGAAUUGAAAAAACUCUUAAAUAUAAACCAGAUGAAAAUCAACAAUUAGAAUCAUCUUUAGAGUUUGGUAGAAUUGUUGAUAGCAAUUUGUCCACUCCAAGUACUGCUGACUAUUUACAAAAGAAGGAAUCAAAGAUUAAAAAAAUUAAUGAUGCCUUAAACUCUCUUAAAAAGGAAGAGGAACUCAUUAAUAGUUUGCCAGAAGAAGAAAAAAAAAUCAAAAUUAAGGAAAUUGCUAUGGAAAAAGCCAUGAAGAAAGCUCAAGGAAUCAAAGUAAAAGAUAAUAAAUCCAAAUUAAUUAAAACUAAAAAGACAAUUCUAGCUAAAAAAAGGAAAUCUAGACAAAAAUGGGCUGAAAUCUCUAAAAAUCAGAAGAAAUGA